GUAUGAAAUGUGUAAAAGUUAAAAUGAUACGAGUAUAUGCUUAAAUAUGUAUUUUCAUGCCUAAGUUAUUUAUUUAUAUCUGAAGAGUGAAGAUAAAUACAAAUAUGUUUUUCGGUGUUCUGUUCGGUUUACACUUUUUCCGUUUUAAAUCAAACCAAAGUACCAAAUCAUUCGGUUUAAGCAAAUGUUUACCAAACCAAAUCAAAUCACCAACUUUAAUAAUAUAUGAAAGCUUUUUUGAGUUUCUUUAGUUCGGUUCGGUUUUUAUCGGUUUCGGUUCGAUUUGGUUUAGUACGGUUUGAAUGAAAUAGUAUCAAACUCAAACCAAAUUGCAUACGGUCCAGUUUAGAUUUGGUUUGGUGCGGUUCGGUUAAAUCAAACCGUUAUCCACACCGCUACUCCUAGCCUAUUGUUUUUAGGAUAUUGUAAUAGGGGGGACAGACACAACAGCGACCACGGUGGAGUGGGUCGUGGCAAUGCUUCUUGACAAUCCAGAAAUCAUGAAACAGGUCCAGAAUGAAUUGGAGCAGGUCAUCGGAAUGAACUCUAUUGUGGAAGAACUCCAUUUACCUAAGCUCACCUAUUUGGAUGUCGUCGUGAGGGAAACUUUCCUCAUCCCCAGGUCUCCGACCGCAAAUUCACAAGUGGGCGAUUACACAAUCCCAAAGGGCACUAAGGUCUUUCUGAAUACAUAUGCAUUACACAGAGACCCUCAGCUUUGGGACAAUCCGCUGCAGUUCAAGCCUGAGAGGUUCCUGUGUCCGGGAUUGGAUUACACAGGGAAUGAUUACCGGUUUCUCCCGUUUGGAUCGGGAAGAAGAAUCUGUGCUGGGAUUCCCCUGGCUGAGAAAAUGUUGUUGUAUUCCUUCAACUGGCGGCUUCCUGAAGGGGAAAAGCUGGAUUUGUCGGAUGGGUUCGGGGGAGUCACCAAGAAAAAGAUUCCUUUAACUGUUGUCCCAACUUUGAGGCGAUCCAAUUCUCAGCUUUAUCAUUAAAGAUUGAAUUGCAAUUAUGGGGUGUUUGGGUUUGAUUCUUUUUUUAAAGCAGAAUCAGAAUCAGUUUUCAGAAAAAAAACACUUCAGUUUCUGCUUCUGCUCUGCUUUUUAAAAAAAAGCAGAAGCAGAAUCAGUUCCAAACACCCCCUAUAUACGUUCCUGAAGGGAAUAAAAGUUAGAUUUCAAGUUACACCGUGUUUAUGUAUAAGCAGGUCCGCCGGCAGGCCUUGAAUUACAGAAGAGUUCAUCUUCUUGUUGUUAAUUUGUUAUACAUCGGGACGGGUUCUCAUCUAAAGAUGAGAAUUUCUAAUAUGGGAAAGUUCCCGAAAUAGGACUAAAACAUUUUGAAAAUUCCAAAAAAGGACUGACAUGUUUUUAUUCCCAAAAUAGGAGUAAUUAAUGUCAAGUUUGGAAAAUAUUGUCAUGUUUAAAGUCUG